AGGGUGGAGAUUCUCUCCUUGCCCCUUUGGCUCUCUCCUUUAUCUUCCCAACACAUCUUCCUCACUCUCACUCCUCUUCUUCUUUCUCUCUCUAAAUUCUCCCUUUCUUUCACCUUUAUCGCCAUUAACUAUACUAACCUUAACCAAAGAAGAAGAAAAAAAUGUUGCUCGGGAAGAGGACAAGGCCACCCAUGAAGAGAACAACAAGCAUGACAGAAUUCAGUUUAGAUCUCAAUCUCAAUAAUCCUGUCCCUAAUUCUUCUCUUAAUUACAAUAAUCCAUUUGAUCCUUUCACACCUAUCUCACCUGCAAACACUCAGCUAGAUCAACAACGGGUAUUGAACGCACCUAAAACGAGUGUAUCCCCCAGAAACCGCCGUAAAUCUGCUGAUUUUCUAGAAACUGCCAAUUUUUUGAAAGCUUGCUUCCUCUGUAAACGCCGCUUAAUCCCUGGUCGUGAUAUCUACAUGUACAGAGGAGAUAGUGCUUUUUGCAGCCUAGAGUGUAGACAGCAGCAAAUGAAUCUAGACGAGAAGAAGGACAAGUGUUCAUUGGUUGUAUCUAGGAAGGACUUCAUGACAAAUUCUGUCGCUGCCGCCGUAGCCGGCGGGAAGGGAUCUGAUGUCUCCGCCACAAGCGAGACUGUCGCCGCCGUUUAGUUAGUGGAUAUUUGAUUAGGCUAUGUAUGGAUCAUGAGUGGUUAAUUACUAUGUUACCCACACAAAAAAUGCAUAUCAAAGCUGCUACAUAUAAUAUGUAUGUAUAUACAUGUUGUGGGAGUAAGAUCUGCAUGAUGAAUCAUUAUAUAAAUAUAUUUCUCUCUCUCU